AUGACUCACGUACGACCCUUCAGCAGUAGUGACUCACGAAAUGACUCACGUGACCGCUUCAGCUGUAGUGACUCACGAAAUGACUCACAGACCUCGGGACAACCGAUCCCAGUUACCCUCGAGGACGACCGGUCCAGUACCACUCGAGCGAGCGGUCCGGUAUACCACCUCGAGGACAAGCGGUCACCAGUACCACCUCGAGGACAGCCGGUCACCAGUACCACCUCGAGGACGACCGGUCACCAGUACCACCUCGAGGACACACGGUCCCAGUACCGCCUCGAGGACGACCGGUCACCAGUACCACCUCGAGGACAGCCGGUCACCAGUACCACCUCGAGGGCACACGGUCACCAGUACCACCGGGACGACCGAUCACCAGUACCACCCGAGGACGACCGGUCGCCUGAGGACGACCGGUCACCAGUACCACCUGGGACGACCGGUCACCAGUACCACCUCGAGGACGACCGGUCACCAGUACCACCUCGAGGACAGCCGGUCACCGUCCACCUCGGGACCACGAUCACCAGUACCACCUCGGGACGACCGGUCACAGUCUCGAGGACGAGCGGUCACCAGUACCACCUGAGGACGAGCGGUCACCAGUACCACCUCGAGGACAGCCGGUCACCAGUACCACCUCGAGGACGACCGGUUACCAGUACCACCUCGAGGACACGGUCACCAGUACGCCUCGAGGACGACCGGUCACCAGUACCACCGGAGGACAGCCGGUCACCAGUACCACCUCGAGGGCACACGGUCACCAGUACCACCUCGAGGACGACCGAUCACCAGUACCACCUCGAGGACGACCGGUCACCAUACCACCUCGAGAACAGCCGGUCACCAGUACCACCUCGAGGACACACGAUCACCAGUACCACUUCGAGGACGACCGGUCACCAGUACCACCUCGAAAACAGCCGGUCACCAGUACCACCUCGAGGACGACCGCUCACCAGUACCACCUCGAGGACAACCGGUCACCAGUACCACCUCGAGGACAGCCGGUCACCAGUACCACCUCGAAGACGACCGGUCACCAGUACCACCUCGAGGACAACCGGUCACCAGUACCACCGAGGACAGCCGGUCACCAGUACCACCUCGAGGACGACCAGUCACCAGUACCCCCUCGAGGACGACCAGUCACCAGUACCACCUCGAGGACGACCGGUCACCAGUACCACCUCGAGGACGACCGGUAACCAGUACCACUCGAGGACGACCGGUCACCAGUACCACCACGAGGACGACCGGUCACCAGUACCACCACGAGGACGACCAGUCACCAGUACCACCUCGAGGACGACCGGUCACCAGUACCACCGAGGACGACCGGUAACCAGUACCACCUCGAGGACGACCGGUAAUCAGUACCACCUCGAGGACGACCGGUCACCAGUACCACCUCGAGGACGACCGGUCACCAGGACCACUAGAGGACGACCGGUCACCAGUACCACCGAGGACGACCGGUCACCAGUACCACCUCGAGGACACACGAUCACCAGUACCACCUCGAGGACACCGGUCACCAGUACCACCUCGAGAACAGCCGGUCACCAGUACCACCUCGAGGACGACCGCUCACCAGUACCACCCGGAGGACAACCGGUCACCAGUACCACCUCGAGGACAGCCGGUCACCAGUACCACCUCGAGGACGACCGGUCACCAGUACCACCUCGAGGACAACCGGUCACCAGUACCACCUCGAGGACAGCCGGUCACCAGUACCACCUCGGGGCGACGGUCACCAUUACCACCACGGACGACCGGUCACCAGUACCACCACGAGGACGACCAGUCACCAAUGCACCUCGAGGACGACCGGUCACCAGUACCACCUCGAGGACGACCGAUAACCAGUACCCACCUCGAGGACGACCGGUCACAAGUACCUCGAGGACCUGCGGUCACCAAGUACCGCCCUCGAGGACACACGGUCACCAGUACCACCUCGAGGACAACCGGUCACCAGUACCACCUCGAGGACACACGGUCACCAGUACCACCUCGAGGACACACGGUCACCAGUACCACCACGAGGACAGCUGGGUUGAGGUUACUUUACCUUGCAUCACUCACACAACUAUUGCACGCAGGGCCUACGACACACGCAAACUGUCUCCUUGCACGCUAAAUAUGUCGCAAUGCUGCUCUAGAUAA